GCGGCUCCUCGUGUGACGGCAUUUCCCAGACGCUUCCCGAGACGAUGAUCGCUUUGUCGUGGUGGCCGCUCGUCCUCCUCGCCGGGGCUGUGAAAGGAGGAGAGGUCUGCUUUUCCCGGAUCGGCUGUUUUACAGACUCCGUCCCGUGGGCCGGGACGGUGGAGAGGCCGAUAAGCAAGUUACCAUGGUCCCCCGAAAAGAUCAACACUCGCUUCCUGAUGUUCACGAGAGAGAACCCCAGCAGCUUUCAGGAGGUCAGCGCUAUAAACCCCUCCACGAUUUCCUCGUCAAACUUUAAGACGAGCAGAAACAGCCGCUUCAUCAUUCACGGGUUCAUCGACAAAGGAGAGGAGAACUGGCUGACCGACAUGUGCAAGACAAUGUUACAAGUCGAGGACAUCAACUGUUUCUGCAUCGACUGGAGCGGCGGAUCCCGGACGCUCUACACCCAGGCGGCAAACAACAUCCGCGUGGUCGGGGCGGAGGUGGCGUAUUUCAUCAACCUCCUAUCGACAAACUUCGGCUACUCUCCAUCCCGAGUCCACGUCAUCGGCCACAGUCUCGGUGCCCACGCGGCCGGCGAGGUCGGAAAGAGAAAGCGGGGAAUCCCCAGAAUAACCGGCUUGGACCCCGCCGAGCCGUACUUCCAGGGGACCCCCGCCGAGGUCAGACUCGAUCCAUCAGAUGCCGCCUUUGUCGACGUCAUCCAUACGGACGCGGCGCCGAUGAUUCCCAAUCUAGGUUUAGGGAUGAGCCAGGCCGUUGGCCACCUGGACUUCUUCCCCAACGGAGGAGAAGAGAUGCCGGGGUGCGCCAAAAACGCCCUUUCCCAGAUCGUGGAUCUUGAUGGAAUUUGGCAAGGAACCCGAGACUUUGUGGCCUGUAACCAUCUCCGAAGCUACAAAUAUUACACGGAUAGCAUCACCACUUCAGACGGCUUCAUCGGCUUCCCUGCCUCUUCCUACAGCUCGUUCCAGUCUGGAGGCGGAUUCCCCUGUCCCUCCGGUGGCUGCCCCUUGAUGGGUCACUUCGCAGACAGAUAUUCUGGAGUCACGUCAAGCAGCCAAAAGUUUUACCUCAAAACCGGAGACGCCAGGAACUUUUCACGUUGGAGAUACAGGGUGACGGUCCAGAUCGCCGGCAGCCUGAAUACUCAGGGAUUCUUCCACAUCGCUUUAUACGGGAGCUCCAGAAACACCCGGCAGUACCAGAUAUACAACGGUUACAUCAACACCGGGAACUCCUACACGGCUUACAUUGAUGUCGAGACCGACGUCGGACCCCUCAAUAAAGUGAAAUUUGUCUGGAACAACAAUGUCCUUAACCCCCUCCUGCCCACUCUGGGGGCCUCAACUGCAACCGUGCAAUACGGAAAAGACGGAAGAACGUAUAAGUUCUGCGGCAGCGGAACCGUCAGAGAGGAGAUCCUCCAGACCCUAAACCCUUGUUAAAAAAACCAUCAUUUCUGGCUUCCGGCUUUUGGGAAUAAAGAUCCUAUUUGCACAUUUUAUGAGGAAUCCAGAAGUUUCUGUCUCCAGGAGACACCGAGAGAAAACAACUUUUCUUUUCCUUUAAAUUCCAUUAAAGUCAUUAAAAAAAGAUUUGCGUUC